CAUGUUAAUUUGCAGGAGUGUAAAAUUAUAUGAAAAUAAUAGUAAUGUUAUAACAUUCUUUUAAUAUAAAUGCAAUAUACCUGUUCAAUUAAAACAGUGGUCUGAAAAUGUAUAAUGGUUAAAUAUCCUCGUAAACAAGUUACACUAAUGUUUGUGCGCAUUGUGGUAUUACGGUAGGACAUUUUAGCCGCGGGACAUAUUUACGUUACUUACGGUAAUGACGCUCUACGUUGAUGUGCGUUCAAUCUAAAAGCAGUUCCUGUUUAUAUUUACUGUCAAAGUGAUUUUUCAUACAGCGUUCAUCGGAAGGAACUUCUAUUUUUAUAGGUAAAAUGCACGUUUAACGUACAGUUUCGACCGUUAAAUGUCAAUCUUGGGCGCACAGAAUGCAUUUCGCUAGAGUAAGUUACGAACGUUAACAAACUACCUCAGGCUCCAAGCCCGCUAGUUACUGCACCAUUUUAAAUAAGGAAUUAGCAUCCAGUGAAGAUAUUUUAGAGCAGUAUCAAUAUCAGCAGUCUCUAUCGGUCAAGAAGUGCGCGAAAUCUUUCACAAACAGCUGGCAGUGGAUCUGCUGGCAUGUCUUGAUUCCACCACCUCUUUCCUUCAUUUUUUUAGUAUUUAGGUUAUUAUAGUCGACGUGAGAAGAUUACUUUAAAUCGCCAGCAAACAGAGGGCAUACAUGUCUCACCGGCCCUCUGACCAACAUUAAUGUGUGCCAUCGUCGGAUUUCUGCUCGCCAAGCCGCCAAUGUCUGCGUCCGCCCUGCGGCUGAUCCGCGUCCGGAAGCUGAGCAGCACCGGACCUGCUGUGAAGAGAGCACUGCCAUGGAGAGACCUCAGUAAGACUCUGAACCUACCUACACGGCGUUUAUGGAAAAAUAGCAAAAGUGACAGGAGCGAUAGUAUUGGGAGGCUGUGUUUUCAUCACGUACGAGGUGGUUACUCUGAACCAGGCCCUCACUAUCGACACCAGCGCCAUACAACAGGAGAAGCACAAGUCCUACAUAUACCCGACUUACACCACUAACAGAGAACAGGAGAGCCUUGCUUCUGGCUUUACUAUCAAGACGAGGAAGGAACUUCAUAAAGCUGCUAGAAAAUUUCUUGAAAUGUCAUCAAGAGUUCUUCUUCGCCCUUUGGAUGAGCAUCUCAGUCAUCUAGACGCGGACCCUCAUGAAUGCGCGCUGUGGGUGCUGCUGAAGAAAACGCGCUCUGCCGACCGGGCCGUGAGACAGCAGGCGGUGCAGGAACUGGCCCAGAAUCACCACUGGCAGGAUUACCAGUACCAGACCGCAGCGCAGGCGGUAGAUCAGCGCACAGCUGUGGCUCUCGCCCGCAUACCUUACGUGGACCUGCGCUUCUUUCUCCCUCCACCUCCACUGCCGCACACUGAUGAUGAUAUAUCGAUAGAGGACGGGCUUAGGCAGUUACUGGCGUCUCUGCCCCAGUCGGAGGUGGAUCAGUGUGUGCAGUACUUCACAUCUCUGGCACUAAGAGAGAGCAGCCAAUCACUAGCCUCUCAGCGGGGAGGGCUGUGGUGUUUUGGAGGAAAUGGGUUGCCCUACGCCCAAAGUCUGACUUCCACCCCUUCUGAGAAGGUGGAGACGUUCUGCCUGCAGGCCCUGGUGCAGCACUCAAAGGUCCAGAGUCAUUGUGAUCACAUUGUUGCUAAUGGAGGACUGCAGCUUUUACAAAGAGUCUAUCAGCUUCGCAGAGACUCGCCGAAAAUUCAGCGAAACAUUGUGCGAAUUAUUGGAAACCUCACCCUGAAUGAGAGCUUGCACACAUCCAUAGUACAGUCAGGUUGGGUGGCUGUCCUGGCUGAAAUGAUCCAGUCACCACAUAUCAUGCAGGCAUCUCAUGCCGCCCGUGCUUUAGCCAAUUUGGACAGAGAUGCUGUUAGGCAGAAGUACCAGGAUGGUGUUUACAUAUUGCACCCACAAUGCCGCACCAAUCAGCCAAUCAAAGCCGAUGUUCUCUUUGUGCACGGCCUCUUGGGAGCAGCUUUUAAAACUUGGCGUCAAAAGGACCUUGAUGUGACAGAAGAUGACAAGGUGGAGGGGGUUCGAGAGGACUACACUGAAUGCUGGCCUAAGUCGUGGUUGGCUGCAGACUGUCCAAACCUCAGAAUCCUGUCGGUUGAGUAUGACACCCAUUUAAGUGACUGGAAGGCUAAGUGUCCUGCUGAAAACCAAAGGAAGUCCUUGGCCUACAGAAGUCAGGAACUGCUGAGGAAAUUGAAGGAUGCAGGUGUAGGGGAUAGGCCUGUGGUGUGGGUAGCCCACAGUAUGGGAGGUUUACUGGUGAAAAAGAUGCUCUUAGAUGCCUCUAAAGAUCCUGAUCUCAGUCCGCUGAUCAAGAACACAAAGGGAAUUCUGUUCUACAGCGUUCCUCAUCACGGCACGUUCAUGGCAGAGUAUUCUGUAAAUGUCCGAUACCUCCUUUUUCCCUCCAUUGAAGUAAAAGAACUAUGUAGAGACUCUCCAGCCUUACGGGACUUGAAUGAAAAUUUCCUAAAUAUCGCGAAGGAACAAGAUUUCAAGGUCCUUAGCUUUGCAGAAACUCUGCCAACUUACAUUGGGCCCAUGCUCAAAUUAUUGGUAGUUCCAUCACAGUCAGCAGAUCUGGGUAUUGGGGACCUCAUUCAAGUGGAUGUUGAUCACCUUAACAUCUGCAAGCCAGAAAGAAAAGACUCAUUUCUCUAUAGACACACUUUACAGUUUAUUCAGAAUGCACUUGGAGGACAGAGGAUGAAGUGAACUCGGAAGUUCACGAUCCAAAGUUGGUCUCUUGCCAUUUCAUUGCUUCUCGAGGGUACAACAGUUACAUUUUAAAAGAUAGUGUUAACUAGAACUAGAAGGAAGUUCUACAAUUGCAACUGGGUUUUUCUUUUUGUGUUAAAACCUCUGGGUUUAACUUUUACUGUAUUUUGCCCACCUCACUGUUGCCUUGUACUGUAUUUCAUUUUUUGAACAAGCACUUUUCGGCAUUCAUUUUAACUGGAAGCUAUAACAAAUAGAAAUGAGUAUCAAGUAUAUUAUGUUUAAAAUAUCAAUGCAUAUUUUAAAAAAUCAUUUAUAGAAAAUCCAUUGUAUUUAUAUUAUUUAUUUUCUUGGAUGAAGCUGAAAACUAGCCUUUUUCUUAACUCACCAGCCUUCUUUGUAUCCCUACCUCAAAGUUGGUACUGACGCUGGCUGUAAUUUGCCACUAUUUUUGUACUAAUUGAUUAAUUGUAGUAAUUGCGUUGGACCAUACUACUUUUAUUUUGAUGUUGAGUUUGUGUAAGACACAAUUAUUGCCAAAUCUUUAUCACACUGAAUAAAGUUGUGUGUCCUAACCUUA